CAAGUGUACGAAUAUUUAUUUCCCCCCACUGUAACUAUCACGAACACGUGCUCUUAUGUCUACUUAUGCAGGAUGCAGCAACAGCAGUGCAGUGGAGCGAAAGAAGCUGCUGCGAUGUGCCGCAGUAGCUUUAGGCUCUAGGACGCCUAAAGCUCCACUGCAGUCGCCGCUGAAACUACUUGUGCAGAGUCCCGACUUCCGACUUAAAAGACAACUGGCAAUUCAAGAACAAGACCUGAAGCGCCUCUACCAGGAGGUCACCGACCUCAUGGUAGAGAAGCAGGAGUGGCAAGCUCAACGGGGAAUUUACGAAAGGAAAACUGCCCGUUCAGUGCGAGAACUACAGAAAUUGCGGCAGCAGUUGGAAGAGGUGGAAAGAGAGAAUGAAAUCGCGGCACAAUCUGCAGCUGAUCAGCAGGCGAGAACAUGGCAGAAGCUGUAGUGGACCUGCUGCUGCAGGAGACCAAAGUAGAGCUCAUGCAAACAAGAGCUCACGU